AUGUCUGUCUAUCUAUCUAUCUAUCUAUCUAUCUAUCUAUCUAUCUAUAUAGCAAGACUCUUCGCUAAAUCGAAUCGAGUCCUCUCAUUGUUCCUGAAUUUUUCUUCUUCUUUCUAUGAAAUUUACAUUCUUUCAUUUCUUAUAACUUAUCCUAUCUAUCCUGCAAGUCUGUUGCUUCUUUCUUUCAAUUCAUCCUUUCUUCCUUCCUUUGAUCCUUAUAUCCAUCACUCUUUCCUUUCUUAUAUUCUUUCCUGGUUUCAUUCCAUUCAUCAACGUAUUCUUUCCCGCCUUACUUCCUUCUUAUUGUAUCCCUUCCUUCUUUUUUUCUUCUUUCCUUACUUCUUUCGAGUCAUUUUUCUUUCCUGUCUUUCUAUUUAUUCAUUCUUUCCUUCGUCUUUCCAUUCCUACAAUGUUUACUUCUUCCUUCUAUACAUCUUCCUUCCUUGUUUUAAUCAUUCAUCCUUCCUAAAUCCUUUCCUUCUUUGCUACCAUUCAUCCUUCUUUCCUUCCCGUUUUUCCAACAUCCUUCUAUUCUUCCUUCCUUUUUGCUUCUUUUUUUCCAUUCGUCCAUUCUUCCUUUUAUCCUUACGUUCAUCACUCUUUCCUUUCUUCUUAUAUUCUUUCCUGGUUUCAUUCCAUUCAACUUAUUUUUUCCCGCCUUACUUCUUUCUUAAGGUUUCCCUUUCUUCUUUUCUUCUUUCCUUACUUCUUUCGAGUCAUUAUUCUUUCUUUCCUGUCUUCCUGUUUAUUGAUUCUUUCCUUCGUCCUUCCAUUCCUUCACUGUUUACUUCUAUGCAUCAUCCUUCCUUCCUUUUUAUUUUCUCUCUCACUUCUUUGUAUGCUUUCUUUAUUCUACCUUCUUUCCUUCCUGUCUUUCUAAACCUAUUUUUAUUCCUCCUUCCUUUCUUCGAUCUAUCCAUUCAUCCUUUCUUCCAACUUUUUCCUCUCUUUCUUCUUUUUGAUCAUCCUUCCAUUCCUUUCUUUCCUGUCUUUUCAACUUCCUUCUAUUAUUCCUUCCUUUCUUCCAUAUAUUCAACGGUCCUGCCUUCCAACCUCUCUUCCGUUUUUCUAAGCAUCGAUCCAUUCAUUCCUCUUUCCUUCCUGUUUUUUUUUAAAUUCCUUUUUCAUCCUUUCUUUUCUUCCAUCCAUAACUUCCUUCUUCCUCUCUUUCUUCUGUUUCUAUUCACCCUUUCAUUAAUUCUAAUUUUCUUUCUACCUUUCUAA